CAGAAUUACAUAUUAACAUUAAUAUCUUAUGAAAUAUGGCAGAUUUGAGCUCAGAAAUCAUCUAAUUUAUUUCUUUUAUUGAAAACAAAAUUAUUGGUUUGAAAACAUCGCCUGACAUGUAGUAACAUCGAAAACAUGUAGUAAGCAGCUGCAAACUUUUUAACCGGAACUAGAGUAGGUGCCGAGCUCGAGAUUGUUAUUGUUUACGAGCUCGAGAUUGUUAUCGUUACAGAGAGCUCGCCGCAUUUUACUAUACUCUAAAUAGCAUAAUCCUGCAACUUUUCUGUUUCUUUUGUUCUUCACAAAUCUAGAUAGAUAUCAGAUGUGUACAAGCGUAAUAUAGUACUUUAUUAAAACCCUUGUAACUUCUGAACUAAUUGGCUCAUUUGACUAAGAGUAAAGAAUCUAAAUAGUAUACAAUAUGUGACUUGGCUAGAUAGCAAUUCCAGUAAUUUUUGCAAUGUUAAUUCGUUACUCAAGUUUUGAGUUUGAGUCAUCCUUUUCGACACGCUCGAAUUGCAAUGCGAUUCGAUUCUAUUAGUAUUGUUACAAAAAUGAGAUUUUCGUGACCAUUCUUCUAGUUUGAGACUUUUUCGUAACUUUCAAAAUUUUCAUGACUGAUAGACACCCUAGUGUAUUUAUAUUAAGCUGUUUGAAUUAACUUCAGGCAGGACGCACUUAUAUAUUUAAUUGUGGUAUAUAUCAUACCCACCUGGUGACAUCAAAACUUCUAUAAUUCUAUUGGUUUAUCUAAUAUAUUUAUAAUCGGGAACUUCCACGCACCCGAGCAGUCCAGACUUAAGGGAUCAUACUAUAUUAUCUUAAAAUGAAAUAGAUGGCUGAUUUAUUUUUAUUUAUCAAUCGAUGACCUUAACAAUAUGUCCACAGAAAAAGAAGUCCUUACAAAUGACUUGCAUAAUACUGAAGAUGAAUCUUUAACCCCUAGUCUUUCAACAACAAGUAGCCUAUCUAAGCAUUGUAAUGUUCACUCUAAAGAAAAAUCUUUUUCCUGUGAUAAAUGCAAAGAAACAUUUUUACUGGAAGAACAUUUAGCAAAUCACAAUCUUAUUCAUUCAAGUGAAAGUGAGUUAAAUUUUUCAUGUAACAUGUGCUGUGAACAUUUUAUAUUAGAAGAACAGUUACAGAAUCAUUAUACUGUUCAUUCUAAAGAGAAAACUUUUUCCUGUUACAUAUGCUGUGAAACCUUUUCACUCGAAGAACAUUUAACGGAUCAUUGCCUUGUUCAUUCUCAAGAAAAAUCUUUUUCCUGUGAUAUAUGCCAGAAAAAAUUCCUGUUAGAAGAACAUUUAACAAGUCAUUACCUUGUUCAUUCAAAAGAAAAACCUUUUUCCUGUGACAUUUGUAAGAAAAGAUUCUUACACCAAUCAUCUUUAAAUCGUCAUGCACUUAUUCAUACUGGAGUAAAACCUUAUUCCUGUGAUAUAUGUGAAAAGAAAUUUAUUCUUAAUAAGGACUUAGUUUUGCAUAGUCGUGUUCAUAAUGAAGAAAAACCUUUUACAUGUGAUACAUGCAAUGCAAGCUUUAAGCAGAGAAGUCAUUUAAUGAGACAUUGUCUCUCUGUUCAUGCAAAGGAGAAACCUUUUGCCUGUGACAUUUGUGAUAAAAGUUUUUCUUGUAAAACCUCUUUAAAUCGUCAUAAAUUUCUUCAUUCUGGGAAAAAACCUUAUUCUUGUGAUUUAUGUAAAAAAGACUUUAUUGAAAAACACUCUUUGGUUAUACACAAUCGCGUUCAUACUAGAGAAACUCCUUAUUCGUGUAACUUGUGUGGUAAGACAUUUUCGAGAAAUAACCAUUUAACAAGACAUUAUCUUGUGCAUACUAAGGAAAAGCCUUUUACAUGUGACGUAUGUAAUAAAAGUUUUUAUCGUCAAGAAAAGUUAAGAUAUCACAACACUUGCCAUCCUAAUCAUUGAUUAGAAAUAUUUGAAAUUUUAUGCAACAAUGGGUUAAUUUUGUUAACUAAUUUAAGUUACACUCAUGUUGAGUAAAAGUUUUUUUUUUUAACCAUAUGCAUAUAGGAUUGCAUUUCUAUUACUUUUCUAUGAUUUUUAGAGAUAUUAAUUUUGUCUAUGAAAUACUGGAAGGUUUUGAAAACUACAGAAGUGUUUAUUUUAUUCUAUUCAU